UACCACUGCAAUCCAGCCUGGGCAACAGAGCAAGACUCUGUCGAAAAAAAGAAAAGAAAACACAUGUAUUCAGGGUGGGCUCUGUAGGUAAGCCCAGAUAACCCUUGCAUUCCAAUAACAGGACAGGCCAACACCUGGGACAUAGAGAGGACCCCUCUGACUCCUUUCUUCCAGGACAUCCUGUAGGGAGUAUGAGCCUGAUGUGGGCAGAAUCCAAAUGAGAUGGCCAGUGCUGUGAAGGAGCUGCAAGCACCCCCAAGAGCCGUGAGAUGGCGCCAAAAACCAAGAAGGGAUGGAAAGGCUCCAUUGAUGAUUUACCUGGUGACCUUCCAGGGGAUGAUAUGACACUACCUGAGAAGCCUGUUAAACUAGCUUCACAUACCCGAGACACCACAGGUGUAUCUCAGAUGUUCCCGUCUUCAAAGGCUAGAACAAAGUCCCUCCUGGGUGAUGAUGUCUUCAGCACCAUGGCAGGCCUGGAAGAAGCUGAUGCUGAGGUUUCAGGUAUCUCAGAGGCAGACCCGCAGGCUCUGCUCCAGGCCAUGAAGGACCUGGAUGGCAUGGAUGCUGAUAUCUUAGGUCUGAAGAAAUCUAAUCCAGCCCCUAGCAAAAAAGCUGCAAAGGACCCUGGGAAAGGAGAGCUGCUCAGCCACCCCAAGCCUGCAGACAGUGAAGAUGCGUGGGGUGACAAGGACUUCACCUUUGGAGCCUAUCAGCCCACCGUGGUCUCCUCUGAGGGCCAGCAGUCCCGCCGGCAGUCUGUCAGUAGGUUCUUAGCAGACAGUGGCCCAGACCCCAAGGGAGAACCAGGCUCCAAACAGAACCCUCCAACGGCUUCCAGCCCCAUCCAGCCCAGGAAGGGAGGAGCUGACUGGUUGGGCCUCAAGGACGAGGACUUGGACCUGUUGCCUGCCUCACCCACCAGAGAGGCCCGUCGGGAAAGCUCAGUGCCUGUCACGCCCUCAGUGCCUCCUCCUGCGAGCCAGCACUCCAUGCCAGCUGGGCUGCCCCGCUCCAGGGCAAAGCCAGCAACUGAAGGUGCAGGGUCCCCUGCCAAAGCCGGCCAGGCUUCCAAGCUGCGAGCCUCCAAGGAGGAGAAAGAGGAGGACUGGCUGAGCCAUGCCCUGUCUCAGAAGAAGUCCCAAGGCCUGGCCAGAGAGCAGCAUGCUGGGACCUCUGAGGGCCUGAGUUUGGUGGGGACAGCAGGCCAUCCCCCUUCUGGCAGCCAACCUGUCACCAGCACACAAGGGCUUGAGCACGCAGCUGCUGGAGGGAGCUCUGGAACAACCGCACGAGAAAGACCGUGUGUCAGGCCUAGCGUCUUGAGGUCCCCUGUGACUCAGAAACAUGCCGCCUCAGCACUCCCUACAGGUUCCCCAAAGAGGGGAACAGUCCCUGGAGACCUCUCGGCCACUGAGCCUGCCACAUGUUUCCCGAGCACCCAGGAACCCACAGAGCCUUCCAUGCCCAUCCAGUCCCUGCUUCCAGAGUCCCUGGCCUGGAGCCUGCUGCUGGGCACAGAAUACCAGAAGCAGCUCCUGGCAGCACGGGUGCAGCUUCAGAGCAGGCCCACCGAGCUCCAGGCCAAACUGCUGCAGAGCCAGACCCGGCUGGAAGAGCUGGUGGCCCAGGUGCAGAAGCUGGAGCUGGAACGGGCCCAGCAUGAGCUGCUGCUGGGGAGUCUGCAGCAGCAGCACCAGGCAGACCUGGAGCUCAUCGAGAGUGCACACAGAAGCCGCAUCAAGGUGCUAGAAACAUCGUACCAGCAACGGGAGGAGCGGCUCCGGAGAGAGAACGAGGAGCUGUCAGCUCGGUAUCUGUCGCACUGCCAGGAGGCCGAACAGGCCCGUGCUGAGCUUACGGCCCAACACCAGCGGCGCUUGGCGGCCAUAGCGCAGGAGAAGGACCAGGAAAUGGAGCGGCUCCGGGAGCUGCAGCGGGCGUCCAUCCUAGACAUGCGCAGAGACCAUGAGGAGCAGCUGCAGCGGCUAAAGCUGCUGAAGGACCGAGAGGUCGAUGCGGCCACCAGUGCCACCUCCCACACGCGGUCCCUGAAUAGCAUCAUCCACCAGAUGGAGAAGUUCUCCAGCAGCCUGCAAGAGCUGUCCUCCCGCGUGGAGGCUUCGCACCUCACCACCUCCCAGGAGCGGAAGCUGGGGAUCCAGCAGCGUGAUGAGCAGCUGCGGGCACUGCAGGAGUGGCUGGGCCAGCAGCAGCGGGACAUGGAGGAGGAGCGGAGCCGGCAACAGGAGGUCAUCGGGAAGAUGGAGGCACGGCUGAAUGAGCAGAGCCGGCUGCUGGAGCAGGAACGCUGGCGGGUGACUGCCGAGCAGUCCAAGGCGGAGUCCAUGCAGCGCGCCCUAGAGGAGCAAAGGAAGGUCACGGCCCAGCAGAUGGCCAUGGAAAGGGCGGAGCUGGAGCGAGCCAAGAGCGCCUUGCUGGAGGAGCAGAAGUCGGUCAUGCUCAAGUGCGGGGAGGAGCGGCGGCGCCUGGCUGCCGAGUGGGCGGAGUUCUCCGCGCAGCAAAAGCUGAGUAAGGAGCGGGCAGAGCGCGAGGCCGAGCGGGCGCUGCAGGUGGACACCCAGCGGGAGGGCACCCUCAUCAGCCUGGCCAAGGAGCAGGCUGAGCUGAAGAUCAGGGCCAGCGAGCUCCGGGCCGAGGAGAAGCAGCUGGCAGCAGAGAGAGCAGCCCUGGAGCAGGAGCGGCAGGAGCUGCGGCUGGAGAAGGAGAGGAUCAACGCCACCGCCCUGCGUGUCAAGCUCCGUGCCGAGGAGGUGGAGAGCAUGAGCAAGGUGGCCUCCGAGAAGUACGAGGAGGGGGAGCGGGCAUUGCGCGAGGCCCGGCAGGUGCAGGCAGAGCAGCAGGCCCGGUUGCAGGCGGUGCAGCAACAGCAGGAGCGGCUCCGGAAGCAGGAGCAGCACAUGCACCAGGAGCAUCUGAGUCUGGCCCAGCAGAGGCUGCAACUGGACCACGCACGACAGGACCUGCCCUCCAACCUUGUGGGUCUGUUCCCCAGGGCCCAGGACCCUGCAGCCUCCAGCCAGAGUGCCCUCAUGCCUCCUGCUCCUACCACCCGUUGGUGCAGCCAGCCACCGACUGGCCUGGACCCCAGCCCCUUGCACCUCCAUGCCAGGCUGGUGCUGCUGAGGCACAUGGCAGAGCAGGACCGUGACUUCUUGGAGAAUGAACAGUUCUUCCUGGAGACCCUGAAGAAACGGUCCCACAAUUUGACAUCUCAUUCAGCCUGAGUGGGUCCCCCACCGAUUCCCCAACAGAGGGUUCAGACCCCAGAACUCUCCUGUUCGUCCUGCUGCCUCCAUGGAGGCAGUGCCUGGGGAGGAUUCUGAGAUGCUUGAGGCCUGAUGACAGCUCCUCCGUGGACAGGGUGCAAGUGCAUCCUUUCCAAAUGUGCCAGCCUGGGACAGCCCCUGCCUCUGGGGUUCUGUGGUGUAGGCUGUCUUACCACGGCUUUGGCUGCCCUGCCCCAAAGCCAUUGGCUUGGAUCUGAGGGUCUGAGUUGGCAGCAAGGACCCCCAGCUCUCACUGGGCUCUGUGAGCUCCCCCUGCUCCACAGGUAGACUGUUGUGGGCUCUGUUGGCCUGGGCCUCUUCUGAGGCAGGAGCUUUCUUGAGGGGUGCCACAAACAGCCUUCCCUACUCCCGGCCAGAGCAGUACCCUCCCUGAUGAGCUGGAGAAGGGCCCUCUGGCCUCCUGAUGGUACAGGGAGGGCACCAGCUAGAUCCUCCCUUGUGGUGUGAGAUGUUCCUGGAACUCAGCCAGGCCCUCCUCCUCCUGGGCUUGCCCAGAGCCCCCACCCUAUUCCCAGCAUUGCCUGAAGGACCAACCAGUUUGGGUGAACAGUGGCCUCCUCAGCUUCCUCCCCAUCUGGGUGCCCCACUGGCAGCGGAGGGAGCUGUGACGAUGGUGGGGUGUGGGGAGGGACAAGGAGGGAAGGCACCUCUGUGCUGCUCACCUGCCAAAAGCCACAGCUCAGUGGGCAUGCAGUGGAGGUGACAAGGAAUCAAUCACAACUAGCAGAGAUUUCUUUGAUCCUCCUCCACUCCUGCUGCUUCACUUGGCUAAGCUUAAAAAAACUGCUUUUGCCAUGGCUCAUCAGAGUUUAUACUUAUUUCUUAGAAAAUGCUUCCUGUUAUUUGCUGGACAAGUCCCAAAGAACAGGCAGAUGUUCCUAUUAAAAAAUCAGCCUAUAAGAUUGGUCAAGACCAGGCACCUCUGGCCACGUGCCUCUCCCCUCCAGUACCUGUGGUCUCCAGUGGCACCUGGCAGCUGGACCACAGCCAGGAGAAGGGUACUAUUAGCCUUGCCUCAAACACGCAGAAACUGAGGCCCGGGGAGAUUAAAUAACCUGCCUGAAAUGACA